ACUCACACUCUUGCGCGUUGGCUUUGGUUUAGGUUUAGGUAUUGGCUUUGUACCUUUUGGCGCUUUGACGUAAAAAACGAAUCCCGGCCGACUCGCUGGUACUGUUGCACCGUCCAUCAUCUUUACGUUCACAUCACUCCAUACAUUUCUACGCAUAUAACCUGAUUGCAUUGGUUCCUCAAUUUUCAUACACUUGAAGCUAUGGGAGUUGAUUACUACAAUAUACUGAAAGUUAGCCGGAGCGCUACGGAGGACGAUCUCAAGAAGUCCUACCGGAGGCUGGCCAUGAAGUGGCAUCCCGACAAGAAUCCGGUGAACAAAAAAGAAGCUGAAGCGAAAUUCAAGCAGAUAUCGGAGGCCUAUGACGUGUUGAGUGAUCCUCAGAAACGUCAGAUCUACGAUCUGUACGGAGAGGAAGGGCUGAUGGCAACUGAAUUUGGUAUGCCGUCGUAUGAGAGUGGUAAUUCGAAUUCUGGAUUUAGGUAUAAUCCUCGUGAUGCAGAGGAUAUAUUCGCCGAGUUUUUCGGCGGAACAAGCGGGAAAAGAAGCGGGCCUUUUAGGAAUGGCAGCUCUUAUACGGAGGUUAGGAAGACUCCGGGAAGUGUAAAAGCGGCGGCCAUUGAGAGUAAAUUGUUGUGUAGUUUAGAGGAGCUUUAUAAAGGCGCUAGAAGAAAAAUGAGGAUUUCUCGUGUCAUUCCUGAUGAAUUUGGUAAGCCGAAAACUGUAGAGGAAAUCUUAAAAAUAGAUAUAAAACCUGGCUGGAAGAAGGGUACAAAAAUCACUUUUCCCGAGAAAGGUAACCAAGAACCUGGUGUCACUCCAGCUGAUCUUAUUUUUGUGGUGGAUGAGAAACCCCAUGCUAUCUUCAAGAGGGAGGGGAAUGAUCUGGUGGUCAAUCAGAAAAUCUCUCUUCUAGAGGCUCUUACUGGGCAGACUUUUAAUGUCCCAACCUUGGAUGGAAGGAAUCUUAUCAUCCCAGUGACAGAUAUAAUCAAACCAGGGCAUGAGGUGCUGAUCCCAAAGGAAGGAAUGCCCAUCUCAAAAGAUCCCAGCAAGAAGGGAAACCUUGUUAUCAAGUUUGAUGUCGUAUUUCCAUCAAGGCUUACUGCAGAACAGAAAUCAGAUUUGAAGAGGGUGUUGGGUGGAGCUGAUAACUAGUUGGAAACUCAAACCCGAGGUAAUAACUAUGUCUUAGUCCUGAUUUAUACUGGUCAGUUAGCUGUAAAUAUGUUAAGUCUCCCACUAUUGAAGCAGAAGAUUGUUCAUAGUAGGAAGAAUGUUAAAGGGGUUUGGAAACAGUAUAUUGUUGAUUGCAUAUGGUGGUGGAAAAAGGGAUUAUCUUUAAUCUUUUUCUACUACUUGUUUUGCUAUAAUGUAAUGUUGGUCUUCUAAUUGGAAUUUGUAUACAGGUAAUGUAGAGGUAGUCCUUGAUUAAAUAUGUAAGGUGAAAAACCUUUUGUAUGAUGUCCAUAUUGGUAAGGAUGAACCGUACUCCAUUUAAUGAUUUUAGGUUCGACUUUGAAAGUCUGCAUUUCUAAGAA